AAAGGCGGGUUCAUACAUGUCAAUUUACAAAUUAAAUUGCAAGUUGGUAGAGUGGCACAGAGGUAGAUGACAGAAUGUCUAUACUAUGGUAGUGUUUGUAGAGUUUCUGACUGAAUACCAGUGCCUAGCGACUGGAAAAAACAGUUGCAAAACAAGAUCAUGUCAGUCUUGUUCAGUCGAUUUGUGACUUUGUUUACGUUGUAACAUCAUGGAGAAAGAUUUGAAAAUGUGGUGCCAUUGUAGAGAAGAUUUUGGAGUUGGUGAGGGAAAAAGAACACACCUAGGACCCUAAAAGUGAACUAUACAGCAAAAAAAGCUUAUGCAAAUGGUCAUUGGAUAAGAAAGCUGCCACUCUUUGGUGACUGCUUCCUUCUAUGCAGGUUGUUGUUGGAGGUGAGAAUUGAAUACUUGUCAGGAUUUAAUUUGAUCGCAAUCAUCAUUGUCACCAGAAGAAGACAUCUUGUUGAGUAGCUGUUUGUUUACAUUCACUUCCUGCCAAGCCACUUCCUACUUUCUUAGUUCUGGAAAUAUUCUAGACUUGGUUCUUACUUCCGAGCAUGAUUGUGUAUCUAGACUUGACAGGAUUGCUCCACCUCCAAGUUGUAGCCAUGUAGGUAUUCAUUUUACACUAACAUUUUCAUCUACCUCCUCUACUGUUAUCCCUCCUGAUCGUUUUGACUGGUUUCGUUGCAAUAUUAUUUGUCUAGUGUGGACUGGGAUUCCUUAUUUUGUGGUCACAAUGUAGAUCAAUGUUACGCUAAGUUUACAGAGAUUCUAUCAUGCCUUCACUGUGUUUGUUCCAGUCCAGUCAAAUUUUGAUAGAUCUAGAAAACCACCUUGGGCCAGAUUUGUAUCAAAGGAUCUCCAGAGGAGACGGAGUAACUUGGCACAACUACAAAGCUUUUAAGAAGCUCACAUGGUCGAAAUUCCCUUUUAACCAUGAGGAGCUUGUUUCUUUUUAGGGAUCUAAAUAUUCACCAUAAAAACGAAGUUAACCUUGCAGUUAUUAAUUAUGAGCGUUCCAUAGCUACCUCUGAUGAUACCCAUAGGUUUCACAGUUAGGAAAAUGAUCAAUCCCCCUAUAGUUGGCCCUCUCCUGGCUGAUGGGUCUUGGGUAGAGGACUGUAAUAACUAGUAUGGCAGAUUGCUUGGUACAGUGUUUUUCAUCAGUGUUUGUCCGAGGGUCACUGCCAGAUCCUCACUCCCGUCAAAUAGCUGACUCUCAUUUUUGUUUCCAAGGAAUUCACUGUAAAUGAUGUUAUAGUGGCUUUGAAUAAGAUUUAAUUGUCCUCUAGUUGUGGUCCUGAUGGCCUCCCCCAGUAUUGUGUUCAGGAAGUGUGCCCCUGCCUUAUGCUAUCCUUUGUAUCUCAUCUUCUGUAAAAGGAUUUCUUCUAUGAACGUUCCCUCUGUCUGGUAAUUUGCUAAUGUUAUGCCUAUUUUUAAACAGGGUUCACACUACAGGCCUAUAAGUCUAACCUCUGUCUGUUCUAAGACACUUGAAAGGUUCAUUACCUCUCAGCUUUAUAUUUACCUGGACAGUAAUAACUUGCUUUCUAUAUCCCAAUUUAGUUUUCGUUCUGGAUUUUCUGUUUUUGAUUAACUUCUCCUUACCUAUGAUUAUGUUAGUUUUCAUCUUGACCAAGGCUCAGAUGUGGAUGUUCUACUCUUCGGUUACAGUAAGGCCUUUGAUGAUGUAAACCACCAUGUCUUAUUAUCAAAAUUUUUUCAAAUUGGUAUCAGAAAUCCACUACUUGGCUGGAUCUGUGAUUUUCUUACUAGUCGGAAAAGUUGUUGUUUAUCACUCCUCUAAUCAUGUAUAUGAUGUUCCUAGUGGUGUUCCCCAGGGCUCAGUCCUUGGUCCCCUAUUGUUUUUUUAUCUAUAUUAACCAUGUCACUGCUGAUCUUUAUUGCAAAUCAGUUUUGUUUUGCCAAUGCUCUCAAACUGUAUCUUGCCGUUCCAUCAAAGAAAUCAAGUGCUUGUGAUGUUAUUAUGUUUUUACAAAAUGAUGUCUCGUUGCUAUACCAAAGAAGUCUGUCUUGGGGUCUUUCCUUUUCCAUCAACAAAUGUGCUUGUAUACAGUUCUCAAGACUCAUUCUAGCUUCUCACCAUGUCUACCUCCUAGGAAAUCACCCCAUCCCUCACAAAGAUUCUGUUUGAUACCUAGGCAUUCUAUUUGACUCCUCAUGGAAAUUCCACCUUCAUAUCUGUGAAAUUUGCUGCGAAGCUAAUGGUGUUGCCAGCAACAUUCUUAGAGGCACCUUAUGCAGAUCACCUUUCAUGUAUCAUAUUUUUUCAUGCAUGUUUGGCCAAUUAUUGAUUUUGGUAGUGUUGUUUGGAAUACUGGCUUCUUGGAUGAUGUACACAUGUUAGAAUUUGUUCAGAGGAGGUAGACUAAUAAGGUUGAAGGUUUUGGUGACCUACCAUACUCAGAAAGAUUAUCUAGACUGAAAUUGUUUUCUAUUAAGGGUAGAUUGCUGAGAACUUAUGUGAUUCAAGUGUGGAAGAUUCUGAGUGGUUUGAGUCUUCAACUAAAUGGUCUGUUUUCUAGAGCAACUUUUAGUAGAACAAGGGGUCACAGCUUGAAGGUCUUAGUGCCUCAUCACUCCACUGAUGUCAGAAAUAGUUUCUUCUCAUUAAGGGUUAUCAGCACCUGGAAUUCUCUACUUGAAUUAGUGGUGUCAGCUCAAUCUCCCCACCAGUCUUUCAAACAUUUGCUUGAACAAUUCCUGGGUCAUUGUCUUUAUGAGUAUUGUUAGCUAUAGGCCUGUAUGGAGUUAUGUUCUGCAUCUGAAAUUAGCCAACCGUCCUGCAGUCCUCCAGUGGUACACUAGUAGUUUUGGUUGGAAGAUGCAGAAGUGACAGAUGAGGGAUCAAUACCCUCAUCUUGGUAAGAAACCAGUCGAUACUUCCCAGUCGCUAUGUGUGAACGUGUUCGGACUAGAAAAGCUCAGUCGAUACUUCUAGCGACUUGCAAUUUCAGCCGCAAAUUGACGUGUGAACCCGCCUUAACUCCUCCAACCACUACAAAACGUCCACGGCGUAAAAAAAAAAAAAAAAUUAGAAUAAAAUACCGUCCGUCAACUCAUCCAAGACAAGCUGUCACUCAAAUUUUGAAGGACAUUAAAUCAGCGUUCAGUCUUUUGAUCACGCUUUUGUGUAAGUGUCAGCAUCAGUCUGACUCGGUCAAUCUUCCCUCCAACCUAUCCGCACGGCCUUGUGCCGCUCACAAACAUAUCAAGUACAAAUAUAUGAGAUGUCAAAGACAUACACGAAGCGAGAUGACAUAAGUAUGAUUCGGUGCUACACGUUGGGACUACAGCCCAGGAAACAAGUGUGGAAACUGGUGUGAGUGCACGUAACAAUGCGGCGCCGUGUAGCAAAAUUCAAGGCUAAUGAUGAGCGUGAGCUUCUGCGCCACAAUUUUGGUGGAGGAAGGCGUCCAAAGAUACCUGAUAAAACUUGGACAGUUAUAAAACAUGAGUUAGUGGAAAAAAAAAAAAACAUAGUACAGCAAGACAAAUGAAAGAAAAUAAUGCUAGUUUUCUACAAGGAGUGAGUGUGCGAACCAUUCGUAGAGCCGUCCGAAAAAAACAUGAAAUACAAAAAUGAAAAAGCACGCAGCCAAACCGUUGGUGACAGGCACAGCGAAGGAAGAGGCUUCAAUAUGCACUUAAGUACGCGUCAUGGACUGUUGAUGUCUGGAUUUAGGUUUUGUAGACUGAUGAAUCUGUGUUUUAAGGAUUGAGUACUUGUGAUGAUUUGAUUUGAUCGCAAUCGUCACUGUCAGCAGAAGACAUCUUGUUGGGUCGCUGUUUGUUUACACUCACUUCCCGCCAAGCAGCCGAUACUUCUCAGUCGCUAUGUGUGAAUGUUUUCCGACUAGAAGGGCUCAGUCGAUACUUCUAGCGACUUGCAAUUUCAGUCGCAUAUUGACACGUUUGAACCCGUCCUAAGAAUUGUAUAGAUUUCAUAAAGAAAUCAUAGAUAUAUAAGUAGACACAUUACACAACACUGCCUCCACUCCCCCACCUGUUAUGUUCCCCCCAUGCAACUUACUAAUUUUACACUCAUUUAUCGCAAUCUUAUCCAUACUUUUCCUUCACAUUUUAUUUCGCCUUUAGUCGAAAACUCAAAAUUACCCAACUCGGCUCCACCCCAAAUUUUUUUUAAAUAAAUAGAAAUAAAUAAAUAAAGGUAAAAUAAUCACAAAUACUAGAUAACAUGUAAAUUAGGUAAGUAAAAUAAAACUAAACAAAAUCAACAAAAAAUUACAAAAAAGAGCCGAAGUUUGCAGACAGGUGGACGCUUGCUGCUCGUCCCUUCCGCGCCAUCAACACUGAGGCAACACUUUGACUGCCGGCGAAUAUUUUUUUACAUUUCCAUCUCUUCCUGACCUGUUUUGAUCCCUCCUCCUGGUCCCCUUGGCAGCGUGUGGACUUGACCUCUCCUCCUAGGUCGGGUCACGCUGCUAGAGGCUGAAACAAGGCAUGACGUCAGGCUCAUCAUGGCGGAGAUCAUUGAUAUCUCAGACGACGAUGUUUUGGUAGAUGAAAACCCAAAGAAGAAAGGCACCACCACCACCACCACACCCGGCAGCAAUAAACGGGCCUUCCGCUGCCUCAACUCAGACUGUCGGACUGAGGAGAAUUUAAUCCAAGCAGAGGAGUAUGUGAGGCGAUACUUUGGUGUGCUGCCAUAUCCCAAAAAGAAGCGUGUGUGUGAGAGCUGCCUGUCGGAGGCGCAGCAGCAGCAGGACUCCUUGGUGAACUGCCUCAUCUCAGACAGACUCCUCUUGGCUGAGAAGAUUCCCCCACCCAAGACCACUGUUGUGCUCACCGACUCAGAUUCAGACCCCUCAGACAAUGAAGAGUCAGGCCUGGAGACGGAGUAUGUGUUUGAGGAGGAGGACGGCAUCUCGCUGGAGGAGACCAUUCUGGCCCUCACCAAGGAGCUUGGCCUGCACCGCCAGGUUAGCGAUGGAGCCAAACACCUGGAGGACGAGCUGCUUAAGAUACAAGAUAGCUUCAGUAAACUUGAGUCAGAAUACAGCAAGACAGAAACAAGCCUGGACAGUGUGCGCAAAGAUUUCUACAACACAUUCCGACUCGAGAUUAUGUGGCAGCAACCCCUGGACAUCGGCCCCUCAAGCACCCUCACACAGCAGGAUGGGAGCGGAGAGGUGAUAGCAGAGUCAUCAGUGGUGGUGCCCAAUGAAAACCUUCCUCCCGUGGGUCCCCUGCAGCGAUGGGAACUGGCGCCCAAUGAGAUGGUGUACGCAAUGAAGUACUCUCUCUUUGCUCGCUGGGUCCAGGCACAGAUCAUGGAAGUGGAGACAAGGAAGCCCAAUAACACAAAUUACCGAAUCCGCUACAACCGCAACGCCAAGGGAGGAGGUCUUCCGAGGAUCAUACCGGGCCGGCAGCUGGCGUACUACGAGCCCUGUGCCACCCGUAUCCCGGUCGGCACUCGCAUCAUUGCCAAGUACAAAGACGAUGACCCCAAGAACACAACAAUCUCUGGGUCCUUUUAUGUGGGGAUUGUGGCAGAGAUCCCAACCGUUGCUAAUAAGUACAGGUACCUGAUUUUCUUCGAUGACGGCUACGCGCAGUACGUCCACCAUGCUGAUAUCCGAGUGGUGAGUGAGUCCUCGGCGUGUUCGUGGGAAGAUGUGUCGUCGGAUUCGCGUGAGUUCAUCAAGGAGUACCUGCAGAUGUACCCCGAGCGCCCCAUGGUACGCCUGCAGAAGUGGAACUAUGUCAAGACUGAAUGGAAUGGUCGCUGGUGGAGGGCACAGGUGAAGGAGGUGGACGGUUCGCUAGUCAAGAUGUUCUUCCCUCCGCUGGAAGGUCGCUGUGAGUGGAUCUAUCGCGGCUCCACUCGCCUCAGUCCACUUUUCCACAAGAAGAUGAACAUACAGGCCCAGGCAGAACAACCUGUGCGGACCAUCAGGAGGAGGACAGCUGCACUCCCAAGCAGGGCGGUGGUGGAGUAUGGCACCUUCGGACAGGACCAGGACCUGGAUGGCGCUGCACCAGAUGCCUCAAGCUCACAAGCCUUGUAUCCGUCCACUGCUCCAGCCGUGUCUGCCCCAUCAAGCGAGAUGCCUGGCCAGCCCCGCUCGGUGGCCAGGAAGAGCACCUCCCGCCCCUCCCGGCCUGGCACGCCGCCCAAGGAGGUGUUGCUCAAGGUGGAACAGGAGUCGAGGGGCUUCACCAAUCAACAUUCCUUCCAAGACAAAGUGGUCAAGUUUACCAACCACCUGUGCACCUCGCAGUGUCUGGGUGCCGGUGACAGCAUGAAAAAGUACAAGGGCCUGUCUCCACUCCUGCAGCCACUCCUCUUUGGCUGGCGCAGACAGUUUGUGAAGAUUUGCCGCAAGACCGUCAACCGCUACGAGAUUUACUAUACAGCUCCAUGUGGGCGGCGACUGGGGAGCAUUGAGGACGUCUUCAAGUACCUGCUGAUGACUGAGUCGAACCUGGAGGUGGACUGCUUCUCCUUUGAACUGAGUGUCAUGGUUACACAUGAGUGGGAGCCCUUCAAGAAGAUUGUGGACAUUGAGGACUUCAGUAAGGGUGAGGAGAAUGUUCCCAUCUCCUGUGUCAAUUCUCUGGAGGAAGUGCUACCUCAGGAACUCAGGUACUGCAAUGUUCGUAUUCCCACCGAGGAUGUCCCCUUAGAUCUGGACCCGGACUUCUUGGUGUGUUGCGACUGUACUGAUGAGUGUAGGGACAAGAGUAAAUGUGAGUGUUGGCAGCAGACCAUCGCCAACACCAGGAUUCUGGAGCGACAGGAGAACCAAUCCGCUGGCUACACAUACCGUCGCCUCUUUGAGCAAGUCCAGAGUGGCAUUUAUGAGUGCAAUACAAAGUGUAAAUGCAGCAACCACUGUCUGAACAAGGUGGUGCAGCAUCCUCUCCGGCUCAAACUGCAACUGUUCAAGACUGCGCGUCGUGGCUGGGGCGUCCGCACUCUGCAUGAUGUUCCCCGAGGAGGCUUCAUCUGUGUGUACGUCGGUCGGAUGCUGAACGAGGCCAUUGCUAACGAGGAGGGGAAGAUAAUGGGUGGCGACGACUAUUAUGCUGAACUAGACUACAUAGAGGUGAUGGAGAGGGCCAAGGAGGGAUAUGAGGACGAGGCGGUCAAUAUAGAAGACGAUGCGCUUUAUCAGGCAGAUCUUAAUGAGCAAGGAGGAUCAGAGAGCAACGACAGCGACAGCCUCUUCAGCGAGAACGACACAGACAAUACCAAGGAGGACACUGAUUUCAGCCACCCGUCCUGCAUCAAGAGGGCUGGAGGGGUGGCCAAGAGGGAGAAGAGUGCCAGGCUGCAGGAGAGGGCUGCCAAACGCUCUCGGUCUUCUUCGCAACAGAAGAAGGAAGACAGCAGCCGUUCCAAUUCAGACGACGACCUGGGUAAGAACAAGAAGAGCAAGACCAAAGGCAAGAAGGAUGAUGAUAAGGAAGGAGAGAAGGACAGUGACAAGGACGACAAGGAAGGAAAGAAGGAUGGCAAGGAGAAGGAUGAGGAUGAAGCUGAAGAGGAGGAUGAGGAUGCAGAUGAGAAGCAGAGGCAGCCGCAGCCGUUUGUGCCACGCCAACUCUUGGAAGCCAACACAGCACUGGCCAAGAGACCCAAAAGCAUCAGGGACUAUUUUGGCACUGAUGAAGCUGUCUAUAUCAUGGAUGCCAAACACACAGGGAAUAUUGGACGGUUCUUGAAUCAUUCGUGUGAGCCCAAUGUGUUUGUGCAGAAUGUCUUUGUAGACACCCAUGACCUGCGCUUUCCCUGGAUUGCUUUCUUCGCCAUCAGCAACAUCAAGGCUGGAACGGAGCUCACUUGGGACUACAGUUAUGACGUGGGCAGUGUGGCUGGCAAAAUUAAAUACUGUUACUGUGGCGCCAGGAAGUGUAGAGGCCGGCUGCUUUAGGAGACUGGGGGGAGGCUAAGGUGUCUGGAAUGCAAGAGUGUGUGUAUUGUAUCAUCAUGUGUUAUUUUUUUUUUCAGAAUGUCACUGCCAAGUUUGCAUGUUUUAUUUUCUUAGCUCAUCAUCAUUAUUGUCAUUUUGAGAUGUGUGUGUGUGUGUGUGUGUGUGUUCAACGAUAUGUGGUUCAGCUCUCAUAUACACACACACACACCAGUCAGUCUAACACAUCAUAACUCCUGUGGCUUAAGUUAUACUUGAGUGUCAUAAAUAAACGAUGGAUUUGU